GUAUACAUUUAAUGUUGUAUAGACUUUCAACGGGUAGCCGUUGCCUUCAUCAUCAUCAUCAUCACCAUAUAUACAAUGUGUUUUUCUUCGACUUUAUUUUCUUCGAAAUUCAUAUAUACUUCAUUCAUAGUUUGUGUGUGUGUGUGUCGAUUAGUUUCUUUUCACAAUGAUAAGUUGCUAUGCAGUAUUUUUUCUUGAUGAUCGUUGAUUGGUUACCACCACCAUUUUUACCAGUACCACCAAUGUUUGAACACGCAUAUGGUCAUUUUGAAGAAUAUUCAAAAUUCGAAUCUUUUGAUUAUCGAUUACAAUUGUAGAAUAUAUAACAAAACAAUUACGCGCCGAAAAAAAAAUAGAAAAACUUUUUUUGACCAUGGCUUGUUGAUAAAACGAUGCCGAUAUUGAACGAUAUUCACAUCCGGAAAUACAGCAUUAUAAACCAAUGUUUUUUGAUGCAAAUCGAUUAAAACUUUUUGUUGGUGCAAGAGAUCAUAUUCUGGUUUUAAAUCUAAAAGAUUUUACCACCACCAAUAAACGUGAUUAUUAUAUUCCACCUACGACCGAAAAGAAAAGUAAAUGUCAUAUGAAAGGAAUGAAACCAGAAGAAUGCCAUAAUUUUAUAACAACAUUAUUGGAAAUACCGACAAUGAAUUAUAAAGAUAAACAGAUUCUUGUAUGUGGUACAAAUGCUUAUUCACCGGAAUGUGAAAUAAGACGAUUAACCGAUUCAUUCGAAAUGGUCAGCAAAAGUAUUUCAAUCAAUUCAUAUGGUCCAUAUUGGAAUACAACAUCAUUGUUGACUACUACUGGUGAAUUUUUCUAUGGUGGACCAUUGGAUCUUCGUGGUAUUGAUUCAUCGAUAUUCAAACAGAAAGAAAUUGUUCCACCAAAAUCACCAUUAGCUACAUAUCUUGAUAGACGUAUUGUACGAAGCGUACAACAUGAUUCUAAUUGGAUUAGUGCCGAUGCAAAUUUUGUAUUCAGUUUUGAAUUCAAUCAACAUGUUUAUUUUCUUUUCCGUGAAACGGCUGUAGAAUAUUUAAAUGUUGGUAAACGUGUCUAUUCACGAAUUGGUCGUGUUUGUAAAGAUGAUCCUGGAUGGCGUGAAAGUUGGACUUCAUUCUUAAAAGCACGUAUAAAUUGUUCAUUACCUGGCUCAUUUCCAUUCUAUUUUGAUGAGAUACAAUCAGUUGAUUUGAUUAAUUAUGGUGGCACACCUACGUUAUAUGCUAUUUUCAACACACCACAGAACUCGAUACAUGGUUCAGCCGUCUGUGCAUUUACAAUGGAUUCCGUUUUGGAAGCAUUUCGAGGUCCAUUUAAAUAUCAGCCAUCAUCAUCACAUUUAUGGGAACGAAGAGAUGACAAUCAUGAUGUAUUUGAAUGUCAAGUGACCAAUACUACUAAUCAAUCGAAAAGCUAUUCAACAUUACGUUUGAAUUCCAAAUAUCAACAAAUGGAUGAUGCCGUUCAGCCUAUUGAUGGACGUCCAUUUAUUUUUGCUAAAAAUGAACAUUUUAAAUUUAUUGCUGUUGAUUUGAUCAAAACAAAAUAUUUCAGUACAGUUGAAGUAAUGUUUGUUGCAACGAUUGAUGGAAAAUUAUUGAAAUACGUUAAAUGGCCUGAUAUGACUGAAUCAUGUUUGAUUGAUGAAAUACAAUUAAUUGAUUCGAAUGAAAAUCAAUUUUUAUCCAUGCAAUUCUGGAAAGAUACAGAAUCAUUAUAUUUUGGAACGGAAAAAGAAUUUAUUCGUUCUUCCGUACAUCAAUGUCAUAAUUAUCAUAAUAAAGAUGAAUGUAUACAAAGUGGUGAUCCAUAUUGUGGUUGGCAUGAAAUUAAAAUGAAAUGUAUGAGACCUCCAGGCAAUAAUUUACGAGAUGAAAAUUGGAUACAAUCCGAUCAGCCUACAUGUUUACCUCGUUGGAGUAAAUGGUUUACAUGUAAUGAAGCUGAUAAUGGCUUAAGCCGAUCAACAACAAAUACGGAUGAAACUUGUAAAUGCCGUAAGAGGCCAUGUAUGAUGGCCAAUAAUCUGGGCGAUCAACAUUGUUAUGAUGGAUACGAAUAUCAAGUUUCAAAUUGUACACGUAAUGGUGGCUGGUCAGAAUGGACAUCUUGGUCAUCAUGUAUGCCUUCAUGUGGACGAGGCAUACAAUAUCGUACACGUAAUUGUAACAAUCCGAUUCCAUCGAAUAAUGGAAAAUAUUGUUCUGGAAAUGAUCGAGAGGAACGUCAAUGUGAUAAUUUACCAUAUUGUACAUGGACAUCAUGGAGUGAAUGGACAAAUUGUUCAUCCGAUUGUAAUAUCAUUAGUACUAGUAAACGUACAAGACAAUGUUUAGAUUUCAAUGGUAAUGCUGUUGAUAAUGGUUUUUGUCAAGGACCAUAUAUUGAAACAAUGAAAUGUGAAUGUAAAAAACAUAUUGAAUGGACCGAUUGGUUUAUUAGUGAUCUCAAUACAAAUGAAAUAGUGGAACAAAGAAAUGAAAUUGUGAUGCAUAAAAAUAAUAUUCUACCUAAAAAUGAACAACGUGUUGUUUCAUUGAAAUAUUGUGACAAUUGUGGUGGACAUACAUAUAAUUUUAAAGGAAAAGAUUUUUUAAUUAAAGAAUGUAGCUGUGAUGAUGAAUCAAUAUGGUCAGAUUGGAGUGAAUGGUCCAUUUGUCAUAAUGAUAUACAGAUUAGAGAACGUGUUUGUCAGCUACCAGAUCGAUCAUCAUGUGAUGGACAUUAUAAAGAAAUAAAAUUUUGUCAUUCAAAUGGUGUAAUCACUCAAAGACGUAUUGAAAAUGAUUAUAGAAUGAAUUGGACAUUAUUAAUCAUUGCCAUCAUGUUGGCCAUAAUAUUAAGUUCAGGUUUAACAGCCAUCAUAUUGAUUUAUUGUUUCUAUAAUAAUCAAAAACAUAAUAAACCUGAUCUAAUGAUGAAUCAUACAAUAUCAAGUGAACCAAAUACCUAUGAAGAACCGGAAAAAUAUCGUAUUACAACACCAUUAAAUAGUAAUAAUAAUCAUCAUAAUAAUCAUUAUAAUAUACCAUCAACAUUGACACGUGUUGCAACGCUUAAAAAACAGACAUCAUUUCGAGCCAAAUUGGAUGAUAGUAAUUAUUGAAAAAUUUUUUUUCCCAAAAAACAAAAAAUCCAUCGUGUUCAUUUUUUAUAUACUCUUUUUCAUUUUUACAUUCAAUUUGUAAAUAUUUUCUUAUCAUGUCAUUUCAUCGAUGAAUUUUUUGUGUAUUUAUUUCAGAAAGAACCAAAAAAAAAA